AUGGCAACGGCAUGCCGUGAUGUCGUUGACGUGGAUGCCUCAUCUAAACGUCGUUUUAACGUUUUUGUUUUAGUGCUCAAAAGACCCAAAAUGACAUCAUUUUCCAGAAAAACACAAGGUCUUCAAUUAUGUAAGGCUUAUGCAAAGCACUUCGAACAAGGGUUCAGUGGUGUGCCAAAUAUCCCAGAAUUCCCUCCGAGCAAGGGUCCCGAAGCAUUUCACGGCAAGGUGAUACACUCCAUGGACUAUGCAGCCAUGGAAGAUGCAAAGGCGGUGAAAUUCAUCAAAGGCAAAAGAGUCAUCGUUGUUGGGUUCCAGAAAUCCGCACUGGACAUCACCAUGGAGUGUUCUACAGCAAAUGGGAUGGAAAAUCCAUGCACAGAUUUAUACAGGACAACACACUGGAACCUCCCUGAUUAUCUUCCCUGGGGGUUUUCAUUGGCGCAUAUGUAUCUUACUCGUUUCUCGGAGCUCAUGGUUCAUAAGCCCGGUGAAGCGCUUCUCCUUGGUCUUUUAGCCACAGCUCUUGCACCUCUGAGAUGGACGUGUUCGAAAUUUGUGGAGAGUGACAUAAGAAGGAAGCUUCGUUUGGCGAAGAACGGCACCGUACCAACGCACAGUUUCCUCCAUGAAAUUUGUUUGGUUGCCAAGAAAACCAUGGAAAAAGAGAUGCAGAUGAAGAUGAGGAGGAAGAAAAGAGAAAAAAUAAUGGGAAAAUUCUAG